AUCAUAGUACUUACAACACGCAUUAUAAUCUUCAGUCUAAUUUUUCACGGACUGCCGAUUUUCAUAGCAACUCAAGCGUGGUCCCUCUUUGGUACCAUCAUAACCCCCCCGCAGUUUCAUCAUAAAAUCGAGUCUAGAUCAAGUUUAGUUCACGAUCGUUCGUGGUACUGUGUGUUGCUAUUGUGAUCAAUAUCUUUUUAAUAUUUUUAUCAUUUAAUGUCUCAUCAUUAAAAUGUCAAAUCAAUUUUAGUUUCAAUUAUCAUCAAUUUAUCGUAAUUUCAUUAAUCAUCAGAAUAUAUAAGUGCUUGUCAAAUAUAUACGACAAAAUUUUUAAGCAAAUUAAUUCAAGUGUGACUGUUAUUUAAUAUUUUUUUUUUUUUGAUAGUGACGGAAGGAAAUUUUGUAAAUAAAAGUAUAGUAAAGUGAAAUAAAGUAUAAAGGAAUAAGAGAAAUACAAGAUGCAAUGGAAUGAAGAUAAAAGUGAUUGGCGAAUAGGAAGUCCUUUGGGUGCUUUCACUAUCAAGUAAAGGAUCACAUUCCCCCGCCCCAUCUCUCUCAAUGAUCCUGUGGUAACGAUCGUGAAACAUGAUGCUGAGAGUGAAUCUAGUCGUGAUGCUGUUGGCUGUGAUUUGCGUGGUAGAGGCCCUUCAACAUUCUUUUUCAUUUUACAAGGAUUCUAGUAAAAUUAAUGGAGCCGAUCAUUCUCCUCGGGGUUUCGUGACAUCCGAUGAAAUCGAUUUCAUAGAUAGUAAUCCACGUCAAAAAAUGCAAAUUGCACAUUUUCAAAGUAGAGGCUUUCUCGAUGAUGCUAGCGAUGCUAUCGAUGAUGCGCAAUCUGCCUUUAAAAAUGUGCAGAUGUAUGUCAAAAAAGCAGUUGAACCAAGGAAGCGAAACAAGCACAAUAACAAGAUGUUAGCUCUUCUAAUGGCGUAUAAAAUGAAGCUAAUGGCACUAGUUCCUAUUAUGAUUGGAGGGGUAAUUUUAUUAACAUCAACAACAGCACUUGCUGGCUUUUUCUUCGCUCUCUUUGCAGCAGUUUUGGGAUUGAGAGCCAAGUGAAUUUUCACAAAUUUUACUAUAAUAAGGUACUCGACCUGUUCUUUUUUAAAGGAAGGAAAAUAUAAAAAUGAUUCAAUUUUUGAGGCAAAAAAAGAAAAUUAAUUAAUUAUAAACAAAUGACUUUAUUUUGCAACACUUUUGCAUCGUCUUACAUCGACUUACAAAUACAAAUAAAUAAUGUUAUUAUUCGAUUUACAUCCAAGUAUACGCGAUUACACUGACAGGCAUAUGCUUCUAAAUUGUUAUUUUCUACCCAAUUUAACCCUUUUCUUCAGCAUUUAAAUUCAAACGAGGAAUUUAAUUUCAGUGAAAGAAAUUAAUUUAUAAUUAAUUAAUUUCCAUGAAAGUAGAAAAAUAAAUAUAAACGAAUAUAUAGUAAAAAUCAAAUAGUAAUCAUUUUAUUAUUUUAUAAAUAAUAAAAUGUUUUCUUUUAUGAAAAUUAAAGUAAUUUCAUUUUAUGUAUAGUAGAAUAAUUUCUUUCCCAAAUAAAAUAAUUUUAAGUUUAGUAAUACAUUGUAUUUUAAUAUGUAAUACAAUUUUAAUAAUUUUCAUUAUUUAUUGUAAAAGAAAAUUACCAUUAAUUAUAAUAAAAAAAGAAUAGUGACAAGUAACAACUAUAAAAAUAAAUAUAAAAAGAAAAGAAAAAAAAAGAAAGAAAAAUGUUGUGGAGGCCGAAGAGAGGAUUAAACUUGACAUUGAAUUGUGCGAGUAUUUUGUGAGCUCAUAUAUAUACAAUGAAAAAGAAACAUUGCAUGAUUAUGAGAUUCCGCAGAUUGACGCAACAUACAGUAUAUAUAUGUCUUCCUGAUUCCGUUAACCGAUUAGUGUCAUUAAACUCAGUGCGGGUACAUUAAUGUUUCUUGCACGCAAUCGAUUCUCUUUCUUCCUUGAAUCAUCCAUUCCCUCACAUAUACAAUAUAUAUUAACUCAAGGGGAAAAGAGACUCGAGGCGCCUGUCAUUAUCUUUUGUUUCUAUAUAUUACAAACUACUAUUUUACCGGUAUUAUCGCUAAUCGCUAUAGCUCUUGCUACCGAUUCAUGGGUUAGUGUGUUUUAUCAUCAACGAUUGCUACUCCGAGAUUGCAAAGAAAAAAAAAAAACGUGAAAAAAAUAACUGAAAACCAAAAUGUAGCCAAAAAACAAAGAAUGAUGAAAAAAAAUUUAAACCAUACAAAUAUAGAUCACUGUAUAAAAUUUCUAUUAGAUAAUUAGUCCUUCAACUCUUUUUUUUUUAAUUAUAUACA